AUGGGCAGCAUACGUGAACCGCUUCACCUAGUGGUCAUUGGCGGCGGCCUGGCCGGUCUGUCUGCGGCCAUUGCCACACGUCUCGAAGGCCACCGCUGCACGCUGCUGGAAAAGGCGCCCGAGUUCAACGAAGUAGGCGCAGGACUGCAGCUCACGCCCAACUCGACAAGGCUCCUGCGACGCUGGGGCGUCUUGGACAAGCUGCGAUCCAAAGCGGGUAUCCCGACCCAGCUGACGGUCCGUCGCUACGACGGCAGCAAGGUGCUCUCACGCGCUGACGGGUGGGACGAGACGAUGCAGAGCCAGUACGACGCGCCGUUCUGGGACAUGCAUCGCGCUGAUCUGCAAGCCGCCAUGGUGGCCAGGGCUCGGCACCUCGGCGUCGAUGUGCGAACAGGGGCCGAGGUGGAGAGCAUCGACACUGACGGCGUGGCUGUGAUACUGGCAGGCACUCGGGAAAGGCUGCAGGGCGAUGUCGUGCUCGCGGCCGACGGCUUGUGGUCGCGGACUCGAGCUGCCCUGUUCCCGGACCUAGGCACGGCGCCGCAGCCGACUGGCGACUUGGCAUAUCGCAUCAUCCUACGACUGGAGAACCUGCAGCACGAUCCGGAGCUCGCUGCCUGGGUCGCCAAGCCGACUGUCAACUUUUGGGUCGGCGCCGAUGCCCAUGCGGUUGCGUACUCUGUCCGCGGGGGCAGCGAGCUCAACCUUGUGCUCCUGUGCCCGGACGACUUGCCCGAGGGCUGCGCGAGGGCCCAAGCAGACCUCGAAGAGAUGAGGGCUCGUUUUCAAGGAUGGGAUCCUCUCCUCUGCAGGUUUCUGGACAAUGUCAAGACUGUAGAGAAGUGGCGACUCAUGCACAUGCCUUCUCUACCAAAAUGGAAUCACGAAAGUGGUUACUUUACCAUGGCGGGUGACUCGUGCCAUCCUAUGCUCCCAUAUCUCGCACAGGGCGCAAACUCGGCCAUGGAAGACGGCGCAGUGUUGGGUCGACUGUUAGGGUCCAUCCACGAAGCCUCUAGGAUACCAGAUGUGCUGGCAGUCUAUCAAGAGAUUCGCAAAGUACGAGUAGAAAAGAUUGCCAAGCAAGCUCUCAAGCAGAGAUAUAAUUUCCACAUGCCAGACGGGCCUCUUCAGGAAGCCCGUGACGAGGCAAUGACAACACAUCAGCAGCGAGAAGAGGAGUAUGCUAGUCAAUGGACGUGCCCGAUAAUGCAGCCGUGGCUCUACGGAUACGAUGCCAUUGCUGUCGCCGACUCAGCAGUAGCAAACACCAAGCUAUGA